AUGUUUCAACUAAAGAGUUUUUUGGCUUUGAAAGAUCCUGCUGAUGUGAAUGACAAGGAACUGAUUGAUGUGGUUGGAAGGGUCAUUGAGAUUUACAAUCCUGUGGACAAGAUUAUAGGGGGAAAGGCAACCAAACUAAUCGACUUUCAAAUUGAAGACAAUGCUGACAACACCCUGACGUGUACACUUUGGAAUGAACAUGUAUCUUCCCUUAUGCCUUAUUACAAUAGUGAUUCGAAAGAACCACUGAUUGUAGUCAUUCAAUGCUGUAGGGCUAAAGUUGUUAGUGGUGAGGUGAGAAUAACCAGUUCAUAUGAUGCUACGAAGCUUUGGUUCAAUGAGGAUUUUGAGGAAUUUGAAGAGUUUAAGUUAAAGUUGAAAGCUGAGAGUACUCCAAUGAGAAGUCUUAGUACUGGCACCCUACAUUCAAACUCUACAGGCAUUAGUGAGUUUAAGAAUGCUUCUGUUAUUGUAACUAACUGCCAUGAUCUUAAGAAGGUUAAAGAGGAUGGGGAAUACUAUGUGGCUGCUGAGAUUUUGGGGUUAGAUUUUGAGGAUGGUUGGUACUACUUAUCAUGCCUGAAACCUGGAUGUAAUAAGAAACUAAAAGAACAGGAAGGAUCACUGCUUUGUACUAAGUGUAAAAAGGCUUGUAUGAUGGGUAUAGUUAGAUAUAAAGUUGUUGUAAUUGCUCUUGACAAAUCUGGAGAUGCUCCAAUGUUGCUUUGGGAUAGAGAAGUGGCAGAACUUGUGGGUAUUCCUGCUUCGAUUUUGUAUGCAAAAUACAAGGAGGUUGAUGUUGAAGUGCCACCUGAGUUGGAUGCUAUAGUUGGAAUGAAGAUGCUGUUUAAGAUCAAUUUUAAACUGGCUCUAAAGAUGGGUCCCAAUUACCCAUUCAAUGUUGUGAGGGUUGUUAGGGAUGAACACUUGCUGAAAACCUAUAGUGACAGGUUUGUGGAGCAUCAAGACCAGGACUUAAUGUCUAGGAUGAUUGAGGAGGAAACUAACACCGAUGCAAUUUCUGAAGAAGACUCUAUUGGAGUUGAAGUGAAUAGUCCUGCCUCUGUCCAGCCCUCACAAAAGGAAGGAGAUGACAGUGCUUACAACUUUGGAGCUAUUAAAAGGUCACUUUUGGAUGAGUUUUCAUCAUCCAAAAGUAGGAAGAAGUUGAAGGACUCAGAGAUCAAAAAGGAAAAAAUGUGA